CGUCGUUUAUUUCUGAAGGGGAGGUCUUCAUACCCAUUAUUCGAACAUCUCACUCUACCUAAAUUACCUCCAUUGGCAUCCUAUCUAUCCCGUGAGCCUUCAUACAGCACCGCGAAAAUGAGUCAAAACGGCUCCCCUCCGCGUUCGGAGGGCAUUUCCUCCCUCCUCGAUACUGAUUUAUAUAAAUUGACGAUGCAAUGCGCUAUCCUGAAGUACUUCCCUGAUGUCUAUGUCACAUAUGGCUUCACCAACCGGACCCCUCAGAUGAAGUUGACGCGGGGUGCUUACAAAUGGCUUCUGGCACAGAUGGAUAAGCUUGCAAACAUCCGAGUCACAGACGACGAGAUCGCGUUCCUUAAGAAACGAUGUCCCUACUUCAACGACGCUUACUUGGGCUUCCUUACCACCUUCAGGCUCAAGCCAUCCGAGCAGAUUGAAAUAAAAUUCUCCCCCGUGAACGACACCGGCAGCAAUGACGACAUAGGUGACGUGGACUAUAUCAUCAAAGGUCUCUGGCUUGACACCAUCCUCUACGAAAUCCCCCUCCUGGCGCUGACCAGCGAGGCGUACUUCAUGUUCUCCGAUAAGGACUGGGACUAUGGCAGCCAGGUGGACAAGGCAUACUGGAAGGGUCUGAAGCUCCUCGAGAAUGGCUGUGUGUUUUCGGAGUUCGGGUCACGACGACGUCGCGACUAUCAUACCCAGGACUUGGUGAUGACUGGACUGUCCCAGGCUGCUGAGGAAGCGAAGAGCAAGGGUUUUAGCGGCGUUUUCACGGGGACAAGUAACGUUCAUUUCGCGAUGAAGUACGAUGUCAACCCCGUCGGCACGGUGGCCCAUGAAUGGUACAUGACCAUCGCCGCUAUCACGGAUGACUAUCCGAAUGCCAACGAGCUGGCCUUGCGGUACUGGCUCGGAUGUUUCGGAGAAGGGGUUCUUGGAAUCGCAUUGACCGACACCUUCGGCACGCCUGCAUUCCUCGAUGCUUUCCGGAAACCCAUACCUGAAUUCACCAGCGCCGGGGUUGGCGCAGUUACCACCGCAGCAUCCGGUCCAUCCACGACAAGUGCCUCAACAGUGCAAAGCGAAGCGAGCACCAAGCCCCCGAUCGCUGCGCCUGCCUCUAACGAUGGAACCCAGGAUCAACCCACGACCUACGCUCAGGCAUACACCGGCAUUCGUCAAGACUCCGGCGACCCUACCUACUUCGUGAAACUGGCCCGGGAGUUCUACGACAGGGAAGGAAUCAAAGACAAGAAAACGGUCGUUUUCUCGGACUCCCUCAAUAUCGAACUCUGUCUGGAAUACAAGACCAUCGCCGAGGAGGCCGGUUUCCAACCUGUCUUUGGAGUCGGCACCUUCUUUACCAAUGACUACACCAACACCGCCACCGGUGAGAAAUCAAAGCCCCUCAACAUCGUCAUCAAGAUCUCCACCGCCAACGGCCGCCCGGCUGUCAAACUAAGCGACAACAUGGGCAAGAACACAGGAGACAAGGAGAAGGUGCAGUUUGUGAAGAAGCAACUCGGAUACGUCGAGCAGGAAUGGGAGCAGGGCGACGAGAGCAACCGAUGGAGCAAGUGAUUCCGGCAUUUCAACAACAACAAGAACAACCAGAAAGAAACAAAAAGAAAGUUGAAAAGACAACUUAAACAAGCAUUUGUCUUGUCUGUCUGUCUUGAUGGCCAGUUUCAUAGAGGGCCGGGAAGCGCAAGCAAGCGCGUGCUUAUGCUUACUAUCUAUCGAUCUAUCCAUUUGAUACCAUCUUUGCUAUUUGCGCUAUUUACUAUAUCAAAUAGAGUGGGGGCAUGCAUGGC